AUGACUAGAUUGCUCAAAGGACUGGCUAACCUUAACCCACCACGUAGGCCUCCACCACCAGCAUGGAAUCUUGACCUGGUGCUUGAUGUCCUAACGCGACCACCGUUUGAACCGUCAGCCACGGUACCCAUGUCGGUGCUUACAAUGAAGGUACUCUUUCUUUUUGCCAUAACAUCGGCACGUAGGGUGAGCGAAUUAGCUGCUUUGAUGUCAACACCUCCCUAUACAGUGUUUAAUGCGGAAUCAGUGAUACUGAGGACUCAUCCAGCCUUUCUACCUAAAGUCUGCACAGAUUUUCAUAUAAAUGAGUCAAUCGUUUUGCCAUGUUUCUGUCCAAAACCUCAUACCUCUCAGCGUAAUGCCCUUUUGCAUACCCUCGAUGUUCAUAGAGCCUUGGCAUUCUAUAUAGAUAGAACCUGUACUCUGCGUAAGAUGGAUCGCCUCUUCGUUUUGACAUCAGGGCCUUCUAAGGGCAAGUCUUUAUCGGCCCAACAUUUUGAUUUUGCAGGUAAAAAGACUGAGAGUUCGCAGAAUUUAAAUUGUUCAGAUUCCAAAUCUAUUCAAGACAAGAAGGGAUCUAUGAAGAAAGAAAAUGAAGCCCAACACGUUUUAAUACGAAGGAGCAGCAGUCCAGCUGAACUAGAUUUGAAAGAAGACUUGCAGCAGUCACAUGGAAAUCACAGAGAGAGAGAAAUAAGUGAAAGUGUUAGCAGUGACAUGUCCAUUGGCUACAAUAAUGAAGUAGAGACCACCCUGGUUCCCUGGCAAACAUGUGAAGAAGAACAUGAAGUUACUAUACCUACUGACAUUUGUGUAGAUGCAGAUGCACAUCAUUGGCUGCAGCUUAGUCCUUCAGAUGCUGCAAAUUUAACAGACAGCAGCGAGUUCCUUGCUGAUGACUGCAGUAUAAUUGCUGGUGGAAACCUCAUAGGGUGGCAUCCUGAUUCAGCUGCUGUAUUAUGGAGGAGGAUCUUCGGAAUUCUUGGAGAUGUGAACAAUAUCCAGUCUCCUAAAAUCCAUGCCAAAGUUUUUGGGUAUCUCUAUGAACUAUGGUACAAACUGGCAAAGAUAAGGGACAAUCUUGCUAUCAGUUUGGACAACCAGUCUACACCCUCUCCUCCUGUUUUAAUUCCACCUCUCAGAAUAUUUGCAUCAUGGUUGUUCAAGGCAACAAGCUUGCCAAAUGAAUAUAAAGAAGGCAAGCUUCAAGCAUACAGGUUGAUCUGUGCUAUGAUGACUAGGCGCCAAGAUGUUUUGCCAAAUUCUGAUUUUCUAGUGCAUUUUUACCUCGUGAUGCACAUUGGCCUAACUAGUGAAGAUCAGGAUAUUUUAAAUACUGUCAUAAAACACUGCCCAUCUUGCUUUUUCUUCUUGGGUUUACCUGGUUUUACAAUGCUAAUAGGAGACUUCAUCACAGCUGCAGCGAGAGUCCUUAGUACAGACAUGUUGGAGGCCCCUCGUUCAGAAGCUCAUACCCUUCUUGGGUCUCUUGUUUGCUUUCCAAAUAUCUACCAAGAGAUCCCUCUAUUACAACCCAACCCUGAAGCUGAUGAAUUUAUCGCAGGAACUGCAGAUGUCAAAUGUUACCUCAUAAAUAUUCUAUUGAAGAAUGCCACAGAUGAGCCCUGUGAAGCUGCAAGGUGUAUAGCUGUUUGCUGCCUUGGCGUUUGGAUAUGUGAAGAACUAGUACAGUGCACAAACCAUCCUCAAGUGAAGGAUGCAAUAAAUGUUAUAGGUGUCACAUUAAAGUUUUCUAAUAAAUUGGUAGCUCAGGUAGCCUGUGAUGUUCUUCAGCUGCUAGUUUCUUAUUGGGAAAAGCUUCAGAAGCAUGAAUCUUCUCUAUCCAGGAAAAUUACUGAAAUUCUUGUGGCCACCAUUGCAUUUCUUUUACCAAGUGCUGAGUACUCCUCUGUCGAAACAGAUAAAAAGUUUAUAGUUUCAUUAUUACUUUGCUUGUUGGAUUGGUGCAUGGCACUACCAAUGAAAACCUUACUAGAGCCAGUAUCUACUGUUCUGGAAGAUCAACAUUCUUCCAAAGCACCCUUACUUGAUUAUAUAUAUAGGGUGUUACACUGUUGUGUUUAUGGCUCAAGCACAUAUACACAGCAAAGUCAUUACACAUUGAGCCUUGCAGAUCUCUCAUGUAAUGAUUAUGAUCCAUUUUUGCCAUUGGGAAAUGUCAAGAAUUCUGAGCCAGCACACUCUCAUUCCACCACAGAUUUGGGAAAUCUACUCACUGUUGUUGAGGAAAGAAAAAGAAGAAGCUUGGAAUUAAUACCUCUAACUGCACGGAUGGUAAUGACACAUCUAGUAAACCACUUAAGUCACUAUCCCCUCAGUGGAGGACCUGCCAUUCUUCACAGCCUUAUCAGUGAGAAUCAUGACAACUUUUAUGUGGAAUCUUCUGAGCUGUCUUCAGAUGUCUUCAGAAGUCCAAACUUGCAAUUAUUUGUAUUUAAUGACAAUACUCUUAUAUCUUACCUUCAAAUUCCUGCAGAAACGACGAUGGAUACUGAGCCAGCAGGAGUCCUCUCAGAUGUAAGAGUAAUUGUCAGAGAUAUCUCAGGGAAAUAUUCUUGGGAUGGCAGGAUAUUGUAUGGACCUUUGGAAGGCUGUCUAGCACGUCAGAAUGGAAAUAAUUCAUUUGUGUUUUGGGGCAGUCAUGAAGGACAAUUUGAGGCCCACACAAACAUUUCUCAAGCAGAAGAAGGAGAUGAUGCACUUGACAAAUUGCUAGAAAAGAUUGGCAGUACUAGUCCUGAAUGCCUUUUACGUUCACAGCUAAAACUAAAUGAGCCAUCACCACCACCAUUUGGUAUGAGCCAUGAUCAAGAAAAUGAUAUAAUAGAAGCUAUAAUAAGGCAGAGUGCCCAAGAAAAAGAACAUGUACAUAGAUGCAGCUCUGAUCUUGGUAUGAAAGUAGCCAGCCAAGAAGAACCAAGUUCUGUUGAACCACAAGCACCUUUCUAUUUCUGUAGGCUGUUGCUAAAUGACUUAGGAAUGAAUUCUUGGGAUAGAAGAAAAAACUUUCAUCUACUUAAGAAAAAUUCUAAAUUAUUGAGAGAGUUGAAAAAUCUGGACUCCCGCCAAUGCCGUGAAACUCACAAGAUUGCAGUGUUUUACAUUGCAGAAGGUCAAGAGGACAAAUGCUCAAUAUUGUCCAAUGCAAGAGGAAGCCAAGCAUAUGAAGAUUUUGUUGCUGGAUUGGGUUGGGAGGUUGAUCUUUCAACACAUUGUGGAUUUAUGGGUGGUCUGCAACGUAAUGGCAGCACAGGACAAACAGCACCAUAUUAUGCUACCUCUACCGUGGAAGUCAUUUUUCAUGUGUCCACAAGAAUGCCAUCAGAUUCAGAUGAUUCACUGACCAAAAAGCUUCGUCACUUGGGAAAUGAUGAGGUUCACAUCGUCUGGUCUGAGCACACCAGGAACUACCGCAGGGGUAUUAUACCAACAGAUUUUGGAGAUGUUUUAAUUAUUAUUUAUCCAAUGAAGAAUCACUUGUUUUUUGUAGAGAUAAUGAAGAAACCAGAGGUGCCAUUUUUUGGUCCCCUCUUUGAUGGCGCGAUAGUGACUGCAAAACUGCUGCCAAGCCUUAUAUGUGCCACAUGCAUCAAUGCCAGCAGAGCUGUGAAAUCUCUAAUACCACUCUACCAGAGCUUUUAUGAGGAAAGAGCUCUGUAUCUUGAAGCAAUAAUCCAGAAUCACAAAGAAGUAAUGACAUUUGAGGAUUUUACAUCUCAGGUCUUUGCUCCCUCUCCUACCUACUCUCUCAGUGGAACUGGCAGUCUCACUACGAGUGCAAGUGCUGAUCUUACUAUAACCACGGGAAUGCAGUUAGCAGAGCAGACCUCUCCAACACUACCCCAUGCCACGAAAAACAAAGCCUCUGCAAAACUUCGUCGCUCUGCUAGUGCACUCAGCAAAUCUUCAAAUUAAAGCGCUUUGGAAAGGAAAGUCCGUUCAAUGGAAUUUGGAAAAAAAUCAGAAUAUAUUAAAAUCUUUUACUAUAUCAAAAGAACAUUACUACAUGCUUUGGAUGAGCACAUAAGGGAAAUAGUUUUUGCUAUAAAGUUAGAUACUUAGGUUGUAAAACUUAAAUCAUUGAUGGACAGAUAUCACUUGAUUUACUCAUCAUGCAUUAUACUUGAUUAUUGUUGUCAUCGAAAUAACUAUGUCAAAACUGAAUCUUUUUCAGCAUGGAAGGCAUUUAACUAAGGUGGGGUAACUCACUUAUUGACAGAGGUCACAGGAAGAGGUUGCAAAGCAAAUAUUGAAACCAAUUAUUUAAUUUACUUGCAUUGUGUUGAUUGUUUUCUCAUUCCAAUUAUAGUUUAACACUGUGUCUGUUAGAAAAUGUUGUCUAAAUGGAAAACAAGUUUUCAUUUAAUUUAAAUAUAAAAUGGACUUUUUCUCUUAAAUAUGGGUGAAUGCUUGGGUGCUUUUCAUUAUGUUAUCAAUUCCUUUUCUGUUUUGAAUUGAUACCCCCCCCCAGUAGAGACUUUGUGCAUAAAAAAAACCCAGAAGUAUCAAAUAGCUGGUUUAGGUAAUUUGUUUGUAAUCUAGGUAAGUGCUGCCAAUUGCAUAAAUCACCAAGACCUGGACUGAAGUCACUUAGUCCUUUUACUCAAGGGUGCAUGUCACCAUACAUUUAGUAUAAUCCUGGAGCUGAGCUUGCUCUGAUCCUUGCAGGAUUGGGCCCUUUGUGGGAUGCUGCAUACUAACAUACAGAGAGCAGAAUUAAGACCCCCUGCAUUCUGUCGCUCAGUGUUUGUUAUAACCAUCACAUGCCAAUGCUGCUGUACUUAAGGUUUUGCAGUUUGGGCAUUAUUUGUAUCAACAAAUAUUCAUACUUAUGCCAUAAAAUGUAAAACAGGUUAGAUGUUAACAUAAUUUGGUUCAAACCAUUUAGUUUAUAGCUGUCCAAAUGUAUUUUAUGAUAGUGCUGCAAAAGAAGAUUUCUAUCUUUAGAUACAGUAUAGGGUCAUUUUGUCAUAUCAAAUGUUGCAUGUGAUUAAUGCAUAAUGUGAGCUAAUCACCUUUUCUCUGUGUGGAAAAAUAAAAUGACCAGUGAUUUGAUUUAGAAAAGCAAAUGUGCACAUCUAUAAUAACUGCUUGUUACCCAGAUUUCUAAAACUUGGAACCAGUACACAUCCCUUGGUACCCACACUGCCACAGCACAUCAACAGGGCAAUAAUCUGCAAAUUGAAGUAUCCCUAAUUAGUCCUAGAUAUUGUAAGAACCCUCUAACGACACAUUACAUAGAGUUCUUUUGGUGAGUUGCGUAUUGUGCAAAUGUUUUGGAAUGAACAGACAAUUUGAGAAAUUAAGGGCAAUGUUCAUUAUUUUUAGAAACUUAAUUAUUACCAUAAAACCAAGGAAAAUAGGAGACAUAUACUUUAACCACGUAAACACUUAAUAGAAGGUUGGAAAUUCAGGCUGAAAUUCUGUCAGACAUUCUUUGUAUUGCAAAGGUCUUUGAACAGACGUUGAUUUUCCAUGUGAUGAUGCUGUAAUACCUAGGAACAACAGGGUAUGAAAGGCGUUUAGUUUCAAAACUGAAUUUCCUGACUCUUUUUUUAAUUUGUUGGAAGGACAGGGAGUAGUCAUCAGAUCUAAUAUGUUACCUUCACUACCUGAUUUUUGAGUUUUGUAUCAUACCCCUGUAACCUUCCUGUCUUCCUCAGGUUAACACAGUCUCUGUUUUGUGGGUGUUUAAGAUGGCUGCUUACCUGAAAACAUAAUGUGACUUCUUACCUUAAUUGAAGGGAAGCUACUUUAAGGGAAGCUAAAUGCACCAGUGCAUAGCCAUUUUUUUUGUUGUUGUUGUUGUCUAUGUAUACAUUAAGUGAAUGUUUAUUUUCACAUUGACAAUGAUCUGUGGUUUAGUCUCUGUAAAUAAUUAAUACUAUUUGAUAAAUCUUUAUAGUAAUAA